ACGAAUAUAGAUCGAAGGGGAUGUGAAAGAGUUGUCGCUAUGGAGAUCUUGUCAUUGGGCAUGGGUAGGACGGGAACGAUGUCAAUGAAAGCAGCCUUUGAGAUCUUGGGAAACCCUACUUAUCACUACGUGUCCAUGAUGGAGAAUCCACCCGACAUUGAUGCUUGGCUAGAGUUGCUGGAGAAGAAAUAUCCCUCUGCUUCCACUUACUCUUCUACCACCACCACCACCACCACCACCACCGGCGAAUCUCCAACUCUUGCAGAUCUUGACGCCCUCCUCGGCCGCGUCUCUGCAGUGACUGACUCGCCAGCCAAUGCCUUCACCGCUGAACUCAUCUCUGCAUAUCCCUCUGCCAAAGUGAUACUCGUUGAACGCGACGUUUCACCGUGGUACACCAGCUUCGAAAAAAAUGUCAUUUGUUCCUUUUCCUCACCUUUGACUCGUCUGGUUUGCCUACUCGACCCUGGAUUUGUGGGAAAGCAAGGACGACUGGGUCAACUGGUUAUGCAAGGACAAUGGCAAGCGUCCUCUUUUGCUGAGUGGAGGGCCAAUGCAAAGAGUAUUUAUGCAGAACACAGCGAGAUGAUCAAGGCAAUAGUGUCAAAGGAAAGGCUUUUGGUGUAUAAGCUAGGAUCAGGAUGGCAACCGCUGUGUGAUUUCUUAGGCAAAGAUGUGCCGAAAGUGGGGUUUCCGAGAGUGAAUGAGACUGAGGAGAUGAAGGAACGAGUAUUUCUGGCGCUGAUGUUGGUGGUUAGGCGAGCAGUGGUUGGAUGGAUGAAGUUGCUGAUGUGGGGCUUGCCGCUCUUUAUGGCGGUGAUCUGA